AUGACCAUGGGAUUAUUGCGACUCGUCUUCUUUACCUUCAUGGCGCACGGAGUGUGUGGAGACAUCAGCUAUUCCAUUCCGGAGGAAAUGAAGAGGGGAUCCGUCAUUGGAAAUAUCGCCAAAGAUCUUGGACUUGAUGUAAAAACGUUAUCUGCCCGCAAGGCACGCGAAGAUAGCGAAGGUAAUCGUAAACAAUAUUGUGAUAUUAAUCUGAGGACUGGGGAGUUAACGGUGGCUGACCGAAUAGACAGAGAGGAGCUAUGCGCAGAAAAGGUUUCGUGUGUGCUUGCCGUCGACAUAAUGCUAGAAAGCCCCCUAGAACUGCAUCGAGUUAAUAUACUCAUUCAGGAUAUAAAUGAUAACUCCCCAGUGUUUCCAAAAGAUGUUUUUAAGUUGGAUAUACGUGAGAGUGCCGUCAAAGGUGCAGUAUUUAGAGUGAAUGAGGCACACGAUGCCGACACAGGACACAAUGCUGUUCAGAGUUACUCAUUAGAGGCGAAUGACUAUUUCGUACUUGCUGUUCGAACUAAAAAUGAGGGAGUCAAAUAUGGUGAAUUAGUUCUAGAUAAAGUAUUGGAUCGCGAACAGCAGGAAGAGGUAAAGCUGAUUCUUACUGCAGUAGAUGGUGGAAGUCCACCGAAAACUGGUUCCGUAGCUAUCCAUGUCACCGUGCUAGAUGCUAAUGACAAUGCCCCAGUGUUCAGUCAGGAACACUACACAGCAUCCUUGCCGGAGAAUACUCCAGCAGACACUGCAGUGUUAACAGUCAGUGCUGUGGAUGCAGACAUUGGCGCGAAUGGAGAGGUUACCUACGAAUUUACGCGCAUUUCUGAGAAAGCCAGAAAAGCAUUUUCACUGAAUGAAAACACUGGAGAAAUGAGAGUUGUUGGGCCAAUAGAUUUUGAAGACGAGUCAAAAUAUGAAAUGCGCAUCCAGGCAAUGGACGGAUACGGUCUAACAUCUGACAGUAAAGUCACUAUAGAAAUCACAGAUAUUAAUGACAACGCCCCUGUCAUAAUCCUCAAAUCGUUAAAUGACCCAGUGUCUGAAAACGCCCCACCGGGCACAGAGGUGGGCAUUAUAAACGUGCAAGACAACGAUUCAGGGAAUAAUCGACUAGUCCGGUGCUCUGUCCAGCAAAACGUCCCAUUUAAACUGGUUCCUUCUGUGAAAAACUAUUUCGCAUUGGCCACAACAGGGGAGCUGGACCGUGAACUAUUAAACAGUUAUAAUAUUACAAUAACAGCAACCGAUGAGGGAUCCCCACCUCUCUCCUCUUCCAAAACUAUACAUCUAUCUGUCUCAGAUGUAAAUGACAAUCCGCCUGUAUUUCAGGAAAAGACUUACAGUGCCCAUGUGACAGAAAAUAACAAACAGGGUUCCACUGUAUGCUCAGUGACUGCAAUUGAUCCAGAUUGGAGACAGAACGGAACUGUAAUUUAUUCUCUCCUACCGGGGUUAGUGAAUGGUAUGCCGGUGUCUUCGUUGCUGUCUAUAAAUGGAGACACUGGUGUUAUCCACGCCGUCAGGUCUUUCGAUUAUGAGCAGUGUAAGGACUUUAAAGUCCAUGUUUUAGCCCGUGAUAAUGGAUCACCGCCCCUAAGCACAAACGCCACUGUUAGUGUUUUCAUAACGGAUAUGAAUGACAACUCUCCCCAGAUAUUAUACCCAUCCCCAGGAGACAACUCCUUAAUGACCGAGUUAGUGCCGAGAGCUGCGCCUGCGGCUUCCCUUGUGUCCAAAGUCAUCGCAGUAGACGCAGACUCUGGCCAGAACGCAUGGCUUUCAUACAGUAUAAUCAAAGCCACAGACCCUGGACUUUUCACCAUCGGCGUCCACAGUGGAGAGAUCAGGACGCAGAGAGACAUUUCAGAAUCAGAUGCCAUAAAACAGGAUCUUAUUGUGGCAGUGAAAGAUAACGGACAGCCUUCUCUAAGUGUGACUUGCACCAUGUACUUGGUCAUCUCUGAUAACUUGGCUGACAUUCCUGAACUGAAAGACAGGAGUCAUGAGGACAGCAGUUCUAAACUCACCACAUACUUGAUCAUUGCACUGGUGUCUGUGUCCACGUUUUUCCUCACCUUCAUGAUCAUCGCACUGGCUGUGAGGUUUUGCCACCGGAGGAAGCCCAGACUGCUAUUCGAUGGAGCAGUGGCCAUUCCCAGCGCCUACCUGCCUCCAAAUUACGCAGACGUGGAUGGCACUAUGACGCUGCGAAGCGGGUACAAUUAUGACGCAUACCUCACCACCGGGUCGCGCACAAGUGACUUUAAAUUUGUCCAGUCUUACAACGAUGGCACUCUACUGGCUGACCGCACUCUGAGCAAGUCCUGCACUGCUGAUGAGCCGUUCGGACCCUGUGACGAACCAGAAACUCUGCCACAGGUAAUAUGA